CACAGACACACCUCCCAACCGCGAACUUAGGAUUAUUUCCUCGCAAAAGUACCGACUCCCACUCAAGAUAUUUCCUGCUGUCCGGACCGCCGAAUCGCUAGCCAGUCUUUGUCAUUUGCCAAUCCUGUGCAGUGCGAGAUACACUCUCAUCACAACCUUUCAUUUGCCGAAACACGCGUCGCAGACUUGACUGCUCAUUUAACACAUUAACACAACCCUAGCCGACGUCACAAUCCCGCUGAACCCUCAUGCCAUUCGUGAAGCCCGAGUCCACGGACGACCCCGGCUCCGGUGUCAGCCAUGUCGCCCAGGCACCUCCGGCGCCGCCGGCGCUCAGUUACCUGCAGCAGCUCGCCUCAUCCACAUCAACCGAGUUGCUCGAGAAGGGUGUCAGCAUUGGCGUGAGGCUUCUCGACAGCCUCAAAGAGCCCCUGGAAGCGGUCGCCCCGCUCAACACGACGCAAGCCUCACAAUGGCUCAAGUCUAUUGGCGACUUGGAGGCGCUCGCUAAGCCCGGGCGCACCAUCGUCAGUGUCGUGGGGAACACGGGCGCCGGGAAGUCGUCUGUCAUCAGCGCUGUGCUUGACGAGGAGCGGCUGCUCCCGACCAACUGCAUGAGAGCGUGCACCGCCUCACCCACCGAGAUCUCAUACAACCACUCGGAGGACCCGGAGGAGCGGUACCGCGCCGAGGUUGAGUUCAUCACGGUGGACGACUGGGUGAAGGAUCUGCGCGCGCUGUACAGCGACCUUCUGGACGGCAGUGGCGAGGUUUCGCGCGAGGCCAGCAACCAAGACAGCGAUGCCGGCAUUGCCUAUGCCAAGAUCAAGGCCGUCUACCCCAAGUUCACCAAGGAGAUGAUCGCCAAUGCCACCCCCGAGGCGCUUGCAAAUCAGACUGCUGUCCGCUCGAUUCUUGGCACUGUCAGGAAGCUCAAAGCAACAACGGCGGCCAGCCUCUACCGCCAGUUGCAGGAGUAUGUCGACAGCAAGGAGAAGAACACCGAGAAGCGGCUCGAGUACUGGCCGCUUAUCAAGGUCGUCCGUAUUUACACCAAGGCUUCUGCUCUGGCUACUGGCGCUUGCCUCGUCGACCUUCCCGGCGUCCAGGACUCCAACGCGGCUCGCGCCGCCGUCGCGGCGAACUACAUGAAGGCCUGCACUGGCCUGUGGAUCGUCGCCCCCAUUACCCGCGCCGUCGACGACAAGACGGCCAAGUCACUCCUGGGCAAUUCCUUUAGACGUCAGCUGAAGUACGACGGCACGUACUCGGCCGUAACGUUCAUCUGCUCCAAGACGGACGACAUCUCGGUCACCGAGGCCGCGGAGAGUCUGGGCAUCGAGGAGGAGAUCCAAGAGUCCUGGGCCAGGAUCGCGGAGCUCACGGACAGCGCCAGGAGGACCAAGUCCGACAUGGCGGACCUCCGAGAUCAGCGAGAUGUCUGCGACAAUCUCAUCGACGAGAUUGAGCAGACCUGGGACAAGUGGGAGGCUCUGGGGACGAAGCUGGCCGACGGCGAGACCGUCUAUGGCCCGUCCACCUCGGCACCCAAGAAGCGGAAGUGGCGGUCUAAGCCGAGAGGCAGCCGCAAGAACCUCGCGUCGAGUGAUUUCGACAGUGACUUCUCAGACUUGGAAGGUUCCGACUCGAGUGAUAAGGAAAACCAAGAGUCGCCGGACGAGGAGAGAGUCCCUCUCACUGCGGAUGAGAUCGACGCGAAGCUCGCCUCUCUCAAGGGCGAGAAAAAGGAAGUCCGAGCGAAGAAGAAGCAAAUCGAGGAACAGAUCUCGGCCAAGCGUGAGGACUUGAAGGCGCUCGUCAGCGAGAAGGAUGACACUCUCGCAGAGGUGAAGGCGAUCUGCAUCCAGGGCCGAAACGAGUACUCGCGGAAGGCAAUCAAGCAGGACUUCGCCAUGGGCAUUAAAGAACUUGACCAGGAGAACGCGGUCGAAGAAGACGAGGCCAACUUCGACCCUGAGGUGGACCUGCGCGACUACGAUGCCGUUGCAGCGUCUCUGCCCGUCUUCUGCGUCAGCAGCCGUGCUUUCCAGAAGCUGAGCGGCAGGCUGCAGAAGGAUGACUUCGACGCCGGCGGCUUCCACUCAGUCGACGACACCGAGAUUCCUCAACUGCAAGCCUAUGCCAAGCAGCUCACCGAGAAGGGCCGGGUUGCCAAUUCACGGCGCUUCCUAAACAGCCUGAUGCGGCUGCUCAACUCGAUGACAAUGUGGGCGUCGGACGACGGGACACGCUCCAACCUGUCCGAUGCAGAACGGGCUCGGGAGGAGACGCGCCUGCGGCAGCGACUCCUUAAGAUGGAGCAGGAUCUCGAUCUUGCGCUGAAAGACUGCGUUGCUUCGAUGAGUAAAGUGUUCACCGAGAAUAUUUAUGACAGUUUUGACGCCUACAUACCCGCCGCGACGGCUGCUGCGGUGCCGACGGCCACCGGAUGGGGAGCACCCAGGGCGGAGGGCGGACUACUGUGGGCAACUUACAAGGCAACGUGCAGGCGGCUUGGAGUGUACCACGGUGCGUCCGGAUUUCGGGACUUCAACGACGAGCUCUUCAGCCCAAUCUCGAGACCCUUGGCUAGUGGCUGGGAACGCGCCUUCCAACGCCGGCUGCCAUCUUCUUUUGACAACUUCCUCCGGAUCCUCAGGACGCACCUGGAUAGCUUUCACCGGGAGGCUACCGAACGGGCGCGGGAGCGCCGCGGCGGCGAUUUUACUGGCCUGGCCAUGCUGUCCCAGCAAUUGCAAGCUCAUUCGCGAUUGAUCACGGAUCUAGGGCCGGCCGUGCUGGGUUUGGCACAGGAACGGCAACGCGAGGCAAACAGAGCCUUCACGCCUGUCAUACAAGACGAGAUGACGCCCGCCUACGACGGCUGCGUUAACGAGCGAGGCCUGGGGUCCUACAUGCGCAUGAAAAACAUCAUGGUCAACCACGUCAGCACGCACUGCAAGAGCAUGUUCCGCACCGCCACCGGCGUGGUGAAGAACCAGCUCGAGGACCUCCUGGCGCGCAUCCAGACUUACAUGGAGGCGCAGCUCCAGGCGAUCCAGUCGCAGCUCGCCCGCGACUACCUGGCCGUUCUCGUCGGCUCGGACGCGCUUUCUAAGGGACUGCGCCCGCCCCGCGUCGAACUCAUGCUGCGUGCCGAGAUGGCGCCCAUGCUGGCUAAGACGGACGAGGCGUUUGCUGAGGUGUUUCAUCAUCAUCGUCAUCAUCAUGCUAGUGAGGACGAGGCUACUGCGGAUGCUGAGCGGUCGUUGACUGUUGAUGAGAAGGAUGGUUCGAUUGUUGAGGCGAAAUCUGAGGAGGGGAGUGAGACUGUUGUUGGGAUCGUCAAGCGCGAGCCGGGUAUGGCUGCUUGAUUUUCUCUUUCUCUUUUUUUCAUUCCUCUCUUUCUUUUCUUUUUCUUGGAAUUGGGUUUGGGUUUGGUUCACGCUGGAGGGUUUGAUGUUGGGCGGUAUUUUCCUUUUGGUGUUGGGAGGGAGGGGGUUCUGUCGGAGUUUGUGGUGUGAGAAAAAAGGGGGGAGGCUGCCUGUGGACUUCGCAUUGUCGGGUGGCGUUGUUGGUAUCUACGGCGUCUUAUUACCGUGUGUAUGGAUGUCUGCCUCUACUUGGGCGGUUUGAAAGCCGACUGCUUGAGCGUGUGUAUUUGUUGAUAGUGUAGAUUACUUCUAGUCUCCUAGAGAUCAUGUACUUGUAUAGUACGAUGCAUGUAAAAUAGUACCUUGUAUGGAGUA